AAGGAGUGCACACAGCCAGUACCAGUCCGCCAGCCUCAGGAAGCCUACAACACAAUGGAGUUCCCGUGGCACAGUGGGAAGGUCCUGGAGCAGCUUAACCGCCAGCGCAAGCAGGGCCUGCUAUGUGACUGCACAUUUGUCGUGGACGGGGUGGACUUCAAGGCCCACAAAGCUGUGCUGGCGGCCUGCAGCGUUUACUUCCGCACCCUCUUCCUAGACCAGAAAGAUGUGGUGCAUCUUGACAUCAGCAAUGCAGCAGGUUUGGGUCAGGUCCUGGAGUUUAUGUACACAGCCAAGCUGACUCUAAAUCCUCAGAACGUAGAAGAUGUGCUGACUGUUGCGAACUUUCUGCAAAUGCAAGAGAUCGUAAAUGCUUGCUCUGCCUACCAGUCAAUGGCAAAUCCAAAUCCGUCCCUCAUAACACUGGAUUUCGCUGUUGAAGAUAAAACAGGUGAAGGAGAGCAGAGGGAGGAACUGGAGAGAGACCUGUCAGAGGUGGCAUUACAAGCAGAGGAGGGUUCUAGCAUCCCUAUAGAAGAUCCAGAGCCCAAAGAAAGUAAAGACAGUUUGGAGGAAGAUGGUGAAGUCGUCUCUACUGAAACACAACAGACGGCUUCUCAGCCGAACCCCGCCAGAACCUACUUGGGCCGAGGACGACCCCCUAAAACCACAGCCCUCUCUGCUCAAAAGAAGAUAACUGUAAAGAAGGAGGAAGCAAGUGCUACACAAGAUGCAACUGAAUUUCAGGACGAUCCCUCUGACGCUGACUACAUGCCCAAAUCUCCUCUCAAAUCUGCUGGCAGCUCAUCCUACAUGAGCUCUCGGGGGAGAAGAAUCAGAAAACCUCCUCGACGAAACUUCCCACCCGACAAUGACUCUGAGGAUGAAGGCACAUCCAAGGUAAAGACUAAGCCGAAGGUGGAGGAGCCGGCAGAGGAGGCCGACUCAAGGGAGCACAGCGAUGGGGAGGCCGAUGAUGAGGAGGCGGCUGUGGAGGAAGACGGCGAGGGCAGCCAGCAGGGGGAUGGUGUCGAUUCGAGCAGCGAGAGGGACGGGAGGCAAACUCAGUCAGCGUGUAUGAGCAACCGAUCUGAGUCGAAGCCUUACAGCUCCGUGACGCACAAAUGUGAGGACUGUGGGAAGAAAUUCACCCACACUGGUAAUUUCAAGAGACACAUGCGUAUUCACACAGGAGAGAAGCCGUUCACCUGUCGGGAUUGCAACAAGGCUUUUUCUGACCCAGCAGCCUGUAAAGCCCAUGAGAAAACACACAGCCCCCUGAAGCCGUACUGCUGUUCUACUUGUGGAAAGAGCUAUCGCCAGAUCAGCCUGCUCAACCUGCACCGCAAGCGCCACACAGGGGAAGCACGAUACAGCUGCGAGGUGUGCGGCAAGCUCUUCACCACAUCAGGCAACCUGAAGCGGCACCAGCUGGUGCAUAGUGGCGAGAAGCCGUACCACUGCGACUUCUGUGACAAGGCCUUCUCUGACCCCACAGCCAAGAUGCGACACUUGGAGACACACGACACAGAGAAGGGCAACAAGUGUCCACACUGUGACAAACGCUUCAACCAGAUAGGAAAUCUGAAAGCUCACUUAAAAAUCCAUAUCACAGACGGGCCUCUCAAGUGCAGGGAAUGUGGCAAACAGUUUACCACUUCAGGAAAUCUGAAGAGACACUUGCGGGUUCACAGCGGGGAGAAACCAUACAUCUGUGUGCACUGUCAGAGAGCUUUCAGUGACCCUGGAGCUCUACAGCGGCAUGAACGCAUCCACACAGGAGAGAAGCCUUGUGUCUGUCUUACCUGUGGCAAGGCCUUCACCCAGGCCAGCUCCCUCAUCGCUCACGUCCGCCAGCACACUGGAGAGAAACCCUACGUGUGUGAUCGCUGCGGUAAAAGGUUUGUGCAGUCCAGUCAACUGGCCAAUCACAUUCGACAUCACGACAACGUCCGCCCACAUAAGUGUCAGAUGUGUAACAAGGCGUUUGUCAAUGUGGGAGAUCUGUCAAAGCACAUCAUCAUUCACACAGGGGAGAAACCUUUCCUGUGUGAUAAAUGCGGCCGGGGGUUCAACCGGGUGGACAAUCUGCGCUCCCAUGUCAAGACCGUCCACCAUGGCAGGGCCGGCAUGAAGCGGCUGGUGGUCGCCGGGGGCAGCUCAGACGAGGGGGCUGACGGGUGUCCUGGGGCAUGCACCUCUGAAAGCGAGAUCAACAUAGUUACCGUAACCACAGAGGACAUCGUCACCCUGGCAACAGAGGCCCUGGCAGCCAGUGCUGUAGCUCAGCUAACAGUAGUGCCAGUGGCUGCUUCAGUGUCUGCAGACGAGACUGAGGCUUUGAAAGCUGAAAUCACCAAGGCAGUAGAGAAAGUGCAAGAAGCAGACCCCAACACCCAGAUCCUCUAUGCCUGUGAUUCAUGUGGCGAUAAAUUCUUGGACGCCAGUUCCCUAGCUCAGCAUGUACGCAUCCACACAGCUCAGGCCUUGGUCAUGUUUCAGGCUGAUUCAGACUUCUACCAGUACACCACAGCUACUGCUGAGGGGGACACUGCCGCAACAUGGCAACCCACAGCUGAACAGGUCAUCCAGGAAGGGGAGCUCAUCUUCCGUGCCCAAGACGGAGAGGGAUCAGAAGGAGGGAAGAUUGGGGAGACACAAGAACACGGGGAAGGGGAAGGAGAGGUGAUUUCUGAGAAGGGAGAUGAGGAUGGAGAUGUGGAAAGCCAUAGUGAGCUCCAGGCAGAGGAAAAAGAUGAAGCUGUAGCAGAGGUAGAGGAAGAAAAGGCAGAGGAGAUGGAGUGUGAGAGUCAGGCAUAGUGGGGCAAACUUUUGACAAGCAGAUGAAAUAUUGUUUAUAACAGAUAUCUAACUUAAACAGAAAGAGAUGUAAUGAGCCUCAGAGUUUGAGAAUCCCAUGUUAAAAGUAAACCUUACUGGAUUCAUAACAUACAACACUUCAAUGCCAUCUCAUGAGUUCUGGUCAUUAAUGAUGUGUUUUGUACUCCUGAGUCCUGAUCCAGCAAACAAGGUGACAUCCAGUGAUUUAUAUUAUUGUGAAUCCUUUCAGAGGUGGUUAUACUACUUGGCAUAGUUUCUUUAUUUUUAGACUGAAAUGCAGGACUGUGCAUUGUCCUUUGUAUAGAACAUGUAGAUCCCAAUUGUCUUAACUAAAUAACAGAUUUAGCUGUUAUUUUUCCAUUUCGCUCUGAUAAGAUGUGUACAUUUUCCUUAAACAGUCCAAAUAUUUUAUUGUACUUAAUUGAAGUAUUUUCAUGGAAAACAUAUGAUACAGAGAUUAUUUACAUGAACAUGUAUAUGGGUACUAAAGAUUUAAGAGUUGGGGGAGAUUGUUACCUCCUUUUUCCAGGCGUUGGAUGCCAUGUGUUCAUGCUCUGGUAAAUAUUGUAAAUGCUGUGUAUGUAUAAUAUUUGUAUAUUUGUUAUGUAUCCUCUAAAAAAAAAGUCUUAACACCUCUGUUAAAAGCUUAAAACAAAUAUGGAUGAUGAUGAAAAAACUGGUUAACAAUUUAACAUUUCAUACUGUUACCAGACAGCUUUUUUUCUUGUGUUGCAGUGAACUUGUCACUUUGGAAAUCAUGAUGCAGUGUGAUAGUUUCAUGUGACCAAUAUUUGAUGUCAUUGUUUUUCCUUAAAUUAACACCUGCAAGAUGUUUAGAUAUGCUUAGAUGUCACUAACGUUGCUCAGAGCCACUGACAGCCAUCAUCAGAUCAAUAAAG